GAUCACUGCUCCCUUAUCAGGGUAGCCUAUCAAUGCUCCCUGAUCAGAGGCGCCACCAGCCGCGGACUUUCGCCCCUCGCGUUGGACUUGUCAAAAUAAAGCGGAGCAAUACGAUUCAGCCGGCCAAUAUGUUCAAAUCCAAGUCGCCGAACAAUCUUUCCAAGUAUGUCUCCGAGCCGUGCCGCGCCGCUGUGGAGCAGAUGUGCAUGGUGGAGUGUGUGUGCAGCGCGGGCUUCAACUGUGAGGUCCACCCAGCACCUGGGGCGAUCCAACCGGUACCGGGGGCGCAGCCCGGUGCGCGUGGCCACGGAUCCCCCGGGGAGGCGUACUUCAAGGAGCGCGGCCAUGACAACCCGGCCUACGAGAGCGGGAGCCUGGGCGAGCUGUACCUCCAGGCCCCAAGCGUACCCGUCUACGCAACUGCCCUCGAUCGGUACGAUGCCACCAGUCGCGUCACCGCCCUUCCCGAGGUCCUCAGAGGGGAAGUGACCCGGACCGUGUGGAUCGGCGUGGAGGGGAUGACCUGUGGCACCUGCGUCCGUUCCUUGGAGGAGCGUGUGGGGGCGGUGGCGGGGGUGUCCGGUGUGCGGGCGUCCCUGGAGGACGGCGCAGCAGUGAUCGCGUACCGGCCAUGGGAGGUGGCGGCGGAUGCCCUCAGAGACGUCAUCGGGGAGAUGGGCUUCACCGCCACAUUUGGAGCCGGGGAGCGCCCUGCGGUCCUGCCGGCGCUUGGGGCCCAAGCGUUGGGGGCCCCGGUGUUGGGGGCCCCGGCGACGGUCUGCAUAUGGGUGGCGGGGAUGACCUGCGAGUCCUGCGUGCGGGCCAUCGAGGGGAGGGUGGCGCAGGCCCCUGGCGUGCGUUCUGUCGCCGUGUUGCUGGAGGAGGGGAAGGCAACGGUGACAUUCGACCCCAGCGUGACCCAGCCGCCACGGCUCGGGGCCGCCAUCGAAGAUAUGGGCUUCCGGGCCUUCCUAGAAGAACCCUUGACCCAAAAACCGCUGGCAAAGUCGUCCGACCCGAGCAAGGGUUCACCGACGCGGGGCUCGAUGGCAAGGGGUAGCAGCACGGGGUCCCAGAGACCACCCAACAGCCGCCUGGGUGACCUGACGGACGCCUUGAAGAUAGAGAAGUGCUUCAUUGGUGUAACGGGCAUGACCUGCACCUCCUGUGUCGCCAACAUCGAGAGGAACCUCCUCAAACAAAGAGGUAUCGUGUCGGUGUUGGUGGCUCUGAUGGCAGGAAAGGCGGAGGUCAAGUACCACACGGACCUGCUGGACGCCAUCGCUGUGAUGCAGCUCAUCGAGGAGCUGGGCUUUGGGGCUUCACUUCUUGAGGAUGACGCGGUCCCCCAAGGGAAGCUGGCCCUCACGGUGACAGGGAUGACGUGUGCGUCGUGCGUGCACAGCAUCGAGUCCAGACUCACCAGUACCAGAGGGGUCCUGGCGGCCUCUGUCGCCCUGGCAACCAACAAAGCUAACAUUCAGUUUGACCCUGAAGUGAUUGGUGCUCGCGACAUCAUCAGGACCAUUGAGCAAAUGGGGUUUGGGGCCAUGCUUCUAAAAGCAAGCCAUCAAAAUUACAUCGACCACUCAAAAGAGAUUCAUCAGUGGAAGAGCUCCUUCCUGCUGAGCCUGCUGUUCGGCAUGCCGGUGAUGGGCUUGAUGAUCUACAUGAUGGUGAUGGACAGUCAGCAUGGGGAACACGGAGGAGCCAUGCCUGAGGAGCAGAACGUGCUGCCCGGCCUCUCCAUCCUCAACCUGGCCUUCUUCCUCCUCUGUACCCCUGUACAGAUCUUCGGAGGCCGCUACUUCUACGUCCAGGCGUACCGCUCGCUGCGCCACUACACGGCCAACAUGGACGUCCUGAUUGUGCUCGCCACGUCCAUCGCCUACGUGUACUCGUGUGUGGUGCUGGUCGUCGCCAUGGCGGAGGGCGCGGCCAAGAGCCCAGUCACCUUCUUCGACACGCCGCCUAUGCUCUUCGUCUUUAUCGCCCUUGGGAGAUGGCUGGAGCAUGUGGCCAAGAGCAAGACGUCCGAGGCCCUGGCCAAGCUGAUGUCCCUCCAGGCGACGGAUGCCACCGUGGUCACACUGGGCCCAGACCACUGCAUCCUCCGCGCUCCAGUGACUGCGCCUUCUGAGGGCCAUGUUAUACACACUGCACCAGCGAGACGGAAUGCUUCAACAGUCUGGACCUCCACCACCUUAAAACUCCAAAACCAGUCUUUUACAGUGCUGCUCAGCGAGGAGCAGGUUUUGGUAGAGCUGGUGCACCGGGGGGACGUGGUGAAGGUGUCUCCGGGGGGGCGGUUCCCCGUGGACGGGAGGGUGAUGGAGGGCAGUUCCAUGGCAGACGAGUCCCUGAUCACUGGGGAGCCCAUGCCCGUCAGUAAGCGGGUGGGUAGCAGGGUGAUCGCCGGCUCCAUCAACGCCCAGGGGGCCUUGCUGGUGGAGGCCACCCAUGUGGGCUCGGACACCACCCUCUCCCAGAUUGUGAAGCUGGUGGAGGAGGCCCAAACCUCCAAGGCCCCUAUCCAGCAGUUUGCAGACCGGCUAAGUGGCUACUUUGUUCCAUUUAUCGUCAUUGUGUCCGUCCUAACGCUGCUGGCAUGGCUAGCAAUUGGCUUCGUCAACUUUGACAUUGUCAAAGACAACUUUCCAGGCUAUGACCCGGACAUCCCCCGCACGGACGUGAUCGUGCGCUUCGCCUUCCAAGCGUCCAUCACGGUGCUGUCCAUUGCCUGCCCCUGCGCCCUGGGGCUGGCGACCCCGACGGCCGUCAUGGUGGGCACGGGGGUGGGGGCGCAGAACGGCAUCCUCAUCAAGGGGGGGGAGCCCCUGGAGAUGGCCCACAAGAUCAACGUGGUGAUGUUCGACAAGACGGGCACCAUCACCUGCGGCGUGCCGCGGGUGACGCGGGUCCUGGUGCUGUGGGAGGCGGCCCAAAUGCCCCUGAGGAUGGUGCUGGCUGUGGUUGGCACUGCCGAGGCCAGCAGCGAGCACCCCCUGGGUGUGGCUGUGGCCAAGCACUGCAAAGAGGAGCUGGGCCUGGCUGUGCUGGGCUACUGCCAGGACUUCCAGGCGGUACCGGGUUGUGGGAUCAGCUGCCGCGUGUCCAACGUGGAGCAGCUAGUGGCAGCGGCCCCCGAGGUGGUGGUCCACCUGCAGGGGGCGACCACGGUCGAGGGCCCCAUGGCCGCGGGCGGCCAGCCCCGCACCACAGGCAGCGGCGGGUCGCACUCGGUGCUGAUUGGCAACAGAGAGUGGAUGAGGAGGAACGGCCACCACAUCGGAGCGGACAUCAACGCCGCCAUGUCCAGCCACGAGAACAAAGGACAGACUGCCAUCCUGGUGGCCAUAGACGGUAUCAUGUGCGCCAUGCUGGCCAUUGCCGACACAGUCAAGGCGGAGUCAGCGUUGGCCAUGCAUACGCUCCAGAGCAUGGGCAUCGAGGUUGUCAUGAUCACCGGGGACAACCGGCGCACCGCCAAGGCCAUCGCCGCACAGGUGGGCAUCAGGAAGGUGUUUGCGGAGGUGCUGCCAUCCCACAAGGUGGCCAAGGUGCAGGAGCUGCAGGAGAAGGGGCUCUGCGUGGCCAUGGUGGGGGACGGGGUCAACGACUCGCCCGCCCUGGCGCGCGCCGACGUGGGCAUGGCCAUCGGCACGGGAACCGACGUGGCCAUCGAGGCCGCCGACGUUGUCCUGAUCCGGAACGACCUGAUGGAUGUGGUAGCGAGCAUUGAGCUCUCCAAGAAGACCGUGAGGAGGAUCAGAAUCAACUUCCUCUUCGCCCUCAUGUAUAACCUGCUGGGGAUUCCCAUCGCUGCAGGUGUGUUCAUGCCGGCAGGCCUGGUGCUGCAACCCUGGAUGGGCUCGGCCGCGAUGGCCGCCUCCUCCGUGUCCGUGGUUCUGUCCUCUCUGCUGCUGAGAACGCCAGCUACAAGAAGACGUCCACAGAGCUGUACCAGUCCCGGGCCAGGGGUCACAUGCUGAGCCUGCAGUCCUCCCAGAUCAGUGCCAACCCGGGCCAGGAGGACCGCCGGCGCCCGGGCCCCGCCUCGCUGGACCCCGACGGGCCGGCCGGCCGCCUCGAGGUCCCUGGAGCACCGAGGGACUCGGUCUUCCCUCUUGGAACGCCGAGUCGUUUAGGAAGAGGGGAAUGUGUCUGAGAGGGAUUGGUCGAUUUGGUAGUUGUUGUUGUUGAUUAAAGGUCCAGUGUGUCGAAUUUAUAAACAGCGGUGGGGAUUACAACCCACUGAAAACUUAGACCCCUCACCCCUCAAACUAUUGACCGCGGGGGCCUGUCUUGGCCUGUGUUGUGUAAGGUGCAACAUUAAUUUUAAGAAAGCGACAUUAACGGCUCUAGACUGCAAAUGAAUCUUUUUUUUUAUUGUAUCAAUCAUUAUCACUAUGAUUACUGUACAUGUUCAAGGACAUGGUGGAGGUUACAGCCUAUUCACGAUACUCAACACCCAGUCCUCUGAUUGCAUCCAUAGUGGUGAACUUCAUUCAUAGACCUCUAAUUAUCAUACGUGUUAUAUGUUUUGAUCAACCAUCUCGAUAGCAGUCGGCGCUCCAAGCCAAUGUUGACUCGCACUGCGGGAGGUGAAUAUACCAACUUUCCCGAAGUAGUGGUAGCCUAGUUUUAGUUUUCGAACAGGGAAAUCAUCCUCAAAAACGACACCUCCGAAAUACGGAUGCAUUUAAGAAUGCAUGCAAGUCUGUUCCGCAAGAUUCCACUAAAUUCUACACACUAAACCAAACCAAAUGUGGCUAAAUUCCAUUGACAAAUCUGAAAACUUAUGAUGGAAACUUUUUAUUCUCUCUUCUGGCCCACAUUACUUUUUAUUCUUUCUUCUAGAACACAUUACUUUUUAUACUCUCUUCUGGUACACAUUACUUGUUAUUCUCUCUUCUGGAACACAUCACUUUCUCACUCUGCAUUUCAAUGCUCUUUGAACAGAACCUGGAGAUUAUUUGUUGAACCCUCGUUGACAAGCUUUUCUCUGAGUUGAGAUGUGCCGCCAGACCAACUGGUUUGGGACAACUAGUCUUGCAUAAAAUAAAAGAUGAAUGAAUUAUUAUUGA